AUGAAGCGAGCGCUUCGUGCAUCAUCACGUUUAGGAGAUGGAGUUCGUUAUCAGCAGCUGGGAAUUUCGAGCACGAGUGAUCUGGAGACACAAUCACCACCAAAUGAGCGGUCUGGAUUCGAGUUUGGCACCAACCACGAGGGCCUUUCUUUUUUCGGCCAGAUCCGAUCAACAGUCGUCGCAUCACGACUCAAUUGGUUGCUCGUAUUUGUUCCAAUUGGUCUUGCAGCGCAUACCUUUGAGAUUAACCCAUUAUUGACUUUUAUGACAAAUGCUGUUGCUAUUGUACCCUUGUCAGUCAUGUUGACUGAGGCAACAGAACGUAUCGCUGCUGAUGCGGGAGACACCAUCGGUGCGCUUCUAAAUAUCACGCUCGGCAAUCUUGUCGAGCUCAUUAUUCUGGUUGCUUUGGUAAACAACCACAUUCGCAUCGUUCAAGCCUCGAUUCUAGGCAGUGUGCUUGUAAACCUGCUCUUGAUCUUGGGGUCUGCUCUCUUUGCGAGUAGCAUGUCUGGCAUUGACGCUCAGAGCAGCAUGGAAGAGUCUGAGCUGUUGGCCGCUCUUCUUUUUGUUUCCGUCUUUGUCAUUCUCAUUCCUACCGCAUUUGACUACACUUUCCACAUGAAGGGAAAGACAAGCGAAGCGGCGUUGAGUAUGAGCCGUGCUUCAUCAUUGGUAGUCCUCGUCAUCUAUAUCGUCUAUUUCGCAUAUGAGAUGAGACCCAAGCACGUCGAAGUACCAUCGAUUCCAUUGCAAACACUUCACAUAGGCCACUCAGAUCAUCACCACCGACGAAACCAGCACUCAGCAUCUCAAAAUUCCCGACUUAUCCGCUUUGCCGACCAGGAUGUUCCGACGCGUGCGAGGAGCACAACUCUUGAGAGCAGAGUACCUCGUGAGACAACCGAGGAGGAGUGUGGAAAGAGAGAGGCAACAUCGCUAGCAAACUUGUCUCAUCGAUCAAGAGGAAACUCUCGAUCUCAUUCACGCUCAGGCUCACGGACGGAGUUUCACGGAUCUGAGGCCAGAGACCUGUCGGUCAGCAGCAUGCACUCACGGGUUCUCCCUGAACUGCCCGAGAUUCCAAAUCAUACUCCUCACACUUCUGGCACAGGGAGCAUGGUAGCUGCUGUCACUGUACUAGUGGUCUCUUCAGCGCUCAUGUCUAUGAAUGCCGAAUUUCUCGUCAAGACGAUCGACGACGUUACCCACGAAGGUGGUCUAUCAGAAGCACUAAUCGGCCUCAUUAUUCUUCCUAUUGUCGGAAACAUUGCGGAAUACGUGACAGUUGUCACCGUGGCCAUGCGAAAUAAGCUCGAAUUGGCCAUUUCUGUUGCUGUCGGGUCAGCUAUUCAAAUCGCGCUCUGCGUAGCACCCUUGACAGUGUUGAUAGCAUGGAUGCUGGGCCGUGAUCUCGAGAUGGCGUUCAACGUCUUUGAGACGACAACGCUGGUGGGAUCUGGACUUCUGAUCAAUCUGUUGAUUCUCAGUCGUGCUGGAACUGCCAUUAGAGCCAUUGGGCUGAAAGGAGCCCUCAUGUUGGCAUGCUACACCAUUAUUGGACUGGGCGCGUACUUUGAGCCUCACGCGACGAAAUAG